AUGGAAGAGUCAAUGGUCCCCUCGCUUUCAUCUGGAGCCGUGGGCUCUCGGUUUGUAUCCCAAGACGACGUAGAAACGGCAAGGGCCCGCAGGGAUGAACAGUGGAAGGCUGCCUACGCCAGGCAUGUGCCACCCCCAGCACCGGUUGAAGAUUCAUACGACGGCCGCAGUCUCGCAGAAAAACUUGCUGCAAAUAAGAUUGCGAAACAAGAAGAAUGGGAGGAAAAGACCAAGCUCGCUAACCAAUACCGAGCCUUGGAGGAAGACGAGGUCCUGUUUCUCGACUCGAUAAGGGAACGUCAGGAAGCAGAGGAACGCGAACGGAAGGAGCAAGAUGGAGAAGAGGUCCGCAAUUUCAAGGAAGCUGUAGCGGCACGCGCGACUGCAAUCAACCAGCCUCCGGCAUCCGCUUCUACCUCCAAACCCACACCACCUCCCAAGCCCAUCGUUGCGCCCGCAGUCAAGAAGGACGCGAAGCGAAACUUGAAGGGUGUCAUCGUGAAGAAAAAGGCAAAGCCCGCACCGGCGAAGGCCGCUGAGCCGCCAUCUACAACCCCCGCACCCGAUUCAACUAGCGAAUCGAACGGCAAGGUCACGGAGAACGACGAAGACGCGCCUGCUGCAAAGCGGCGUAAAACCUCCACCUCAUAG